GAGGAGGAGGAGGAGGGCAAGAGGAAAGGUGUCAGGGAGGCCUCGGGAGACUCAGAGGAGCGAGGGAGCAAGAGGAAGAAGGAGGAGAAACGGAGAGGAAGAGGAGUCAAACAUCACCGCUGUCAGGACUGUGACAAAACCUUCACAACAUCAGAACAUUUAAAGAUUCAUCAGAGAGUUCACACUGGAGAGAAGCCGUACAGCUGUGAUCAAUGUGGGGCAGCUUUCACACAGCAGAGUAUCUUAAAAAGCCAUCAACGCAUUCACACCGGAGAGAAGCCGUACAGCUGUGAUCAAUGUGGGAAAACCUUUUCUCAGAGUGGUAGCCUUAAAAAACACCAGCGCAUUCACACUGGAGAGAAGCCGUACUGGUGUGAACAAUGUGGGGAAACCUUUUCUGAGGGCGGUAGCCUUAAAAAACACCAGCGCAUUCACACUGGAGAGAAGCCUUACUGGUGUGAACAAUGUGGGAAAACCUUUUCUGUGGGUGGUAGCCUUAAAAAACACCAGCGCAUUCACACUGGAGAGAAGCCGUACUGGUGUGAACAAUGUGGGAAAACCUUUUCUGAGGGUGGUAGCCUUAAAAAACACCAGCGCAUUCACACUGGAGAGAAGCCGUACUGGUGUGAACAAUGUGGGAAAACCUUUUCUCGGAGUGAUAGCCUUAAAAGACACCAGCGCAUUCACACGGCCUCGUUGUGAACAUGUUCCAGAGCCAAGCUGUUUCCUCCUCCUCAUGCCCUGAUAGCUGUGUUGUUAUAUUCUGAUCUUCUCUCCACAUUGAAGGCUGACCAGCAGUAACUCUAUCUUCUGAACAGCAUGGAUGUUGUCCUGGCUACGACUACAUAUUACGCUCCCUCCCUUUGAAGGGGUCUAUUCCACUC